CAUUUUAGAGAAGUCUAGAAAACUUUCAAUCUUGGUCAGUCUAUCUGUCUUCAAGAUUUGAGCUGAAGAUUCAAUUUUUCCUUUUGCAAUCAAUCAGAUAGAAAUGUUGAGCUUCGAGCAGAAAGUUUGGAGGACCAGAAUGGAGAAAAUGAGUGCUUCCAUCAUCGUUCAUUUGUUUCUCUUCAUGUCCAUUGUAACCAUGCACAUCCUUUUCAGAUCUCUGAGGAUUCCAGACAGAGGGCCUUAUGUGAUUUUCUGGGUGUUCUAUGCCUUGUCCCUGAUCUUGGCAUGUGAUUUUCUAUGGAACAACCGUCACUCAGAAUUGCGCUUGGCAUUCUAGGCUGUCGAACCAGCUAGACCUGCGUUCGAUGUUGGUCACACAGUUGCUUUUUCACCCUUUCGCCAUCUGAGUGACCGCUCUCGCUACGCAGUAGAGUUCCAGCCACUGUGAAGGGAAAUGCAGAGGCCCGAUAAGCUCGAAUAGAAUGUAGACUGGCGCGGGCUUUGAUUGACUUUGGAGACAACUCAGCAGCUGGGAAAGAGUCUAGCAACUCCGGAAGGCGAAGAAAUUGAUGUUCCUAACAAGAGAAAAGACAUAGUCGGUCUAGGAUUUUCUGACUUCCAGAAUUUCCAAGCCCGUCGCGUUCACGAAUAGUUUCACCAGCAAAACUGUAGUCAGAAUUCAUGUAUUUAGCGAACCAGAUUUCUUGUGGUCCAUCCUUCUCCAGAUCGUACAAGGUUCGCGUCAUGUACAACCGUGAUCCCUUUUGAGCUUCUGUGCUGUUUUUCAACUCUCCUCUGAGAUUACAUAUCAAAACGCUAAAUGAUGCGUGUCCUGAAGAACACUUGUAACAUGAGCAUGAAAGGAGCUCUUGUAACAUGUUCUUCGAAUUGACUCGAGUAAAGUCGAAGACAAUGUUACAAGAGCUCCUUUCAUGCAUCUUCUCUCUUCUGGUUUAUGACUGAUCC